AUGUGCCGCGCGGCCCGCCCCCUGCUCCGGGCCGCCAGCGCCCGCCAACACCCGGCCGCGGCAGCAGGGCCAAUGCGGCGCGGGGGGCGGGCUGCGGGGCGGGGAUUGUUUACGUCUCGUUCGGGAGCUGAAAGUAGGUCACGGCCGCCCGGCGGAACGCGGCGGCGGCGACAGAUCCUGUCCACCAUGGCCAGGCGUCCUCGCAGCAGCACAGCUUGGCAUUUCGUCCUGAGUGCAGCCCGCCGAGAUGCGGAUGCCCGGGCCGUGGCUCUGGCGGGGAGCGCUAACUGGGGCUACGACUCAGAUGGGCAGCACAGUGACUCUGACUCGGACCCCGAGUCCUCAGCCCUGCCGCCACCCAUCCCCAGCGCCGUGCCCGUGACCGGGGAGUCCUUCUGUGACUGUGACAGUCCGAGCGAGGCCUCCUUCUGCAACAGCCUGCACGCGGCACACCGGGGCAAGGACUGUCGCUGUGGCGAGGAAGAUGAGCAUUUUGACUGGGUGUGGGAUGACCUGAAUAAGUCUUCGGCCACCCUGCUGAGCUGUGACAACCGCAAGGUCAACUUCCACACGGAGUACAGCUGCGGCACGGCGGCCAUCCGGGGCACCAAGGAGCUGGGGGAGGGCCAGCAUUUCUGGGAGAUCAAGAUGACCUCUCCCGUCUAUGGCACCGACAUGAUGGUGGGCAUCGGGACAUCAGACGUGGAUCUGGACAAGUAUCACCACACAUUCUGCAGCCUGCUCGGCAGGGACGAGGACAGCUGGGGCCUCUCCUAUACGGGUGCGCGGGGCACUGCGGCCGGUGGGGCGGGCGGGAGGCCGGGGCGGCAUGGCUCACCCCUCCGCCGCCCCCCUCCCCCGCCCCCCCUCAGGGCUCCUCCACCACAAGGGCGACAAGAUGAGCUUCUCGUCGAGAUUCGGCCAGGGCUCCAUCAUUGGUGUGCACCUGGACACCUGGCACGGCACGCUGACCUUCUUCAAGAACAGGAAGUGCAUAGGCGUGGCGGCCACCAAGCUGCAGAACAAGAAGUUCUACCCGAUGGUGUGCUCCACGGCGGCCAAGAGCAGCAUGAAGGUGAUCCGCUCGUGCGCCAGCGUCACGUCCCUGCAGUUCCUGUGCUGCUACCGCCUGCGCCAGCUGCGGCCCGACUCCGGGGACACGCUGGAGGGUCUGCCCCUGCCGCCCGGCCUGAAGCAGGUGCUGCGCCACAAGCUGGGCUGGGUCCUGAGCAUGAGCUGUGGCCGCCACAAGCCCCCCGCGCCCUCGCCCAAGGCCACGGCCGAUCCCGGCGGCCCGGAGACCCGGCGCUGCCAGAGGAAGCGCUGCCGACGGACCUAACUUGUUUCCCAACGAAAACUGCUUUUCCGGGCCGAGGUGGCGCGUUCUCCGUCCCUCCCUUUUGGGCCACGCUCCAGGGCAGCAGACGGGACGGAGCUGAGGUCCGUCCCUCUGCCACCCGAGGCUGGGACAGGCCCUGCGCUCCUGAAAGCAGAACCGUCCAAGGGCACCUGCUUCCUGCGUUGGGUGUGGGGGCGGCCGUCCUGGCUCUUUGGGACUGACCGCGGGCCCGGGCGGCUGUUGUGGGCUGCGGAGGACACGCGUCAGAGGUGGCACCGCGGCUGCCGCCAGCCGGGGCUCUUUCUUAACUUGCCUUUUGCAUGUCGUCAGCUGCUGUUUCUCCCGUCCCAGGCUGAAAUGACCCUAAUAAACUUGGCGUUUGGGCAA